AUGGGAAAAAUUAUUGGUAUUGAUCUCGGUACAACUAAUUCUUGUGUCGCGGUCGUGGAGGGAACAACUCCAAAAAUUAUAGAAAAUCCAGAUGGAGCCCGAACUACUCCAUCGGUACUUACAUUGGAUAAGGAAGGGCACUUUUUAGUCGGAACUCGAGCAAAAAGACAAAGUCUCACCAAUCCAAACACGAUUAGUUCGAUUAAACGUUUGAUGGGUACAAAGAAAAAAGUCAAAAUCGGCGAUAAAGAAUACACUCCCGAACAAGUAUCGGGCGAAAUUUUACGUUAUCUCAAGGAAUAUGCUGAACGAAAAAUCGGCAGCAAAAUUUCCGAUGCGGUAAUUACGGUUCCGGCUUAUUUCAAUAACUCUCAACGAGAAGCUACUAAAAAUGCAGGCAAAAUUGCCGGUUUAAAAGUAAAAAGAAUUAUUAACGAACCGACUGCAGCGGCGUUAGCUUAUGGAAUUAAUAAAACCAAAAAAGAAGAAAAGAUUUUGGUUUACGAUCUCGGCGGCGGAACCUUUGAUGUUUCUUUGCUUGAUAUCGGCGACGGCACUUUUGAAGUAAUUGCCACAAACGGAGAUAAUCAUUUAGGCGGUGACGACUUUGAUCAGGUUAUUGUCAAUCACUUACUUCGUGAAUUCAAAAAGGAAAACGGAAUUGAUUUAUCUAACGAUAAAUUAACGCUUCAACGUUUAAAAGAUGCAUCGGAAAAAGCAAAAAUUGAACUUUCCGGUGUUCAACAAACAAAAGUUUCAAUUCCUUUUAUCACACAAAGUGAACAUGGCCCGAUUCAUCUCGAAGUUGAUUUAACUCGAACUAAAUUUGAAGCUUUAAGUGAGGAUUUAUUAGAAAGAACUAAAAAACCUCUUCAUAAAGUCUUGGAAAUUAGUAAAGUAAAUCCACAAAAUAUUCAUCAAGUCUUGAUGGUUGGCGGUUCCACUAAAAUGCCAAUGGUCGUUAAAUUAGUGGAAAAAGAACUCAAUCGAAAGGUAUCAUUCUCUGUCAAUCCCGACGAAGCCGUGGCUUUAGGAGCGGCCAUUCAAGCUGGUAUUUUGCAAGGAGAUAUGAAAGAUAUCUUAUUGUUAGAUGUUAUUUCUUUAUCUCUGGGAAUUGAAACUCUCGGCGGAAUUAAUACAAUUUUAAUUGAACGAAAUACUACAGUACCAACAAGUAAAUCACAAGUAUUUUCUACUGCUGUAGAUAAUCAACCGAGUGUCGACAUUCAUGUCUUGCAAGGCGAACGAAAACUCGCCGCUGACAACAAAACUCUCGGUCGUUUUCAGUUAACGGAAAUUGAAAAAGCUCCACGCGGAAUUCCGCAAAUUGAAGUAACUUUUGAUAUUGAUGAAAAUCAAAUUGUUUCCGUAAAAGCAAAAGAUCGAAAGACGAAUCGAGAACAAUCAAUUGUCAUCAAAGACUCCAGUAGUCUCACGAAAGAAGAGGUUGAUAAAAUGGUCGCGGAAGCGGAAGCCAACAAAGAGAAAGAUGAAAAAAGAUUUCGUGAAAUUAAUCUCAAAAAUAGAGCGGAAAGCGCAAUCUUUCAAAUUGAAAAAACCUUAAAAACAGAUGAAAGCAAAUUAUCCGAUGCCGAAAAGAAACAAUUUGCCAAAAGCAAAGAAGAAUUAAACAAAAAGAAAGAGGAAAUUUCUAAUUUACUUAAAGAUAAAAAAUGA